CACAUCGGACUCGCCACGAUGCCGACCACGGCCCCGACACAUGCGCCUCCGCCACAGAUACCCGGCUUCCUCAUACCCAACCAAGAGGCGCAACCGCUCAAACAAGUCGUCGCCGAUCUUCUCGAACGCGACAACCUGCGCUUUCCCGGCGCGCAGCCCGUAUCCUUUGCCCGCGAACAUGUCGCCGAGCUCCAACGCAAUGAAUACUUCAUGUGCGAGAAGACGGAUGGCUUGCGCUGCCUGCUCUUCCUCCACUGGCACGAAGGGCCGACGGGGGCCUUUGAGCCUCUGACCUUCUUGAUCGAUCGCAAGAACAACUACUACAACGUGCAGCCGCCGUUUCGGAUCCCCCACUACAUGCACCCGAAUGAGCCCGAGCCCUUUUUGUACGGUACCAUCCUGGACGGAGAGCUAGUGCACGACCAGUACCCCAACGAGCCCGCGCCGCGCUUGAAUUUCUACGUCUUUGAUUGUUUGGCGGUCAACGAGCAGAAUGUAACGGGGCGGACACUGGACAAGCGGUUGGGACGGUUGCAUGAUUGGGUCAUCAAGCCGUAUGAAAUGUACCUGACGAGGACAUUUGGAAAGAACAUCAGACCAGAUGACCUGAAGCCAUUCGCGCUCAAGGGAAAAAAGACAUAUGCGGCGUACAAGCUCGAGGACAUGUUCAGCAACAUUCUGCCUAACCUCAGGCACGGAAACGAUGGCCUCAUCUUUACAUGCGUGUCGACGCCAUAUCAGUUCGGCACAGAUCGACACAUCCUGAAAUGGAAACCACCACACGAAAACACGAUCGACUUCAAGCUUCGCCUAGGUGAGUUUCCGCUCAUGGACCCCGAAGACGACGAAGAAGGCCUCAUCCCCGACUACGACGCCAUGCCCUGUCCCAUCGAACUGCUCGUCCAGCACAACUCAAACAACUACCAAGUAUUCUCCACGCUUGCGCUCACACAGGCCGAAUGGGAGACGCUCAAAUCACUCAACCAGCGCCUCGACGGUCGCAUAAUAGAGUGCUACCGCACAGAGAGCGGACAGUGGAAAUACAAGGCCGAGGCAGACGGCACGCCGCGCUGGCGCGACGACAAAAAGGAUGCCAAUCACAUCAGCACUGUUAACAGCGUGCUGGAGAGCAUUGAAGCGCCCGUCACGGAAAUGGACCUUCUGGGCAACGCGGAGAACAUCAAGCGCGAGACGUAUCGGAUGCAGGGCAAGCUCGAUCAGUACCGGCCGCCACAGGAUGCCGGCGAGCGCGAAGCCAAGAAGCGCAAGUUUAGCGAUUCGGGCAUGAAUGGGCAUUGA